UAUUUACUUUUUAAUGGGGCGGGAUUUGGUAUUUAUGAGAGGUCAAUGGAAAGAUGUGGGUAAUGAGAGAAUUGGCGGUGGUCGGGGGUUUUAUCAAUUGAUUUGACGGCUGUGCGAUUGUGAUUUUAUUAACCAGUACUCACUGUGGCCUUGUCGCUAAUUUUAUUCGUGAUUCGUUUAAGGGUCAUCUUGCGGCUUUUUAAUUUAUUUAUUUCUGAGGGUUUUUGGUGAUUGUGAUAAUUGGAUGGUUUUUAAUGAAUUUUUAAGCUCAUGUUUUUCGGUGAAUACGGAAUUAUCUGCGUUAUGGACAAUCGAUGGAAUAUCGGGAGAAUGUGAUUAAAAAACAAAUUGGAAAAUUAAUUUGAAUUUCAGAUUCUUUCGACUGUCUGCAAUCGGGCGAGUAUUUUAAUUUCGGCGUUUUAAUAGACACGUUGUGAUGUAAUCAAAAAUAGAUAAAAGUGGAAAUGGGAGUCGACGAUUUCCAAGAGACAUUAACUUAUGUUGAUUAUAAAAAUGAUCUUCAAUUAUCAAAUCGCUGAAUAGCAGAGUCUCUUAACGAAAAGAAAUGUUAACGAGGUAGCCUUGAGGUGAAAUGUCCCGAAGCCUGCCAGAUAGAGUGGCAGGGGUGUAUUAUGCCCAUGGCCUUUUCUGCUCGUCACAUCCAAUUGCAGCUCUUUCACUAGCAAUUACAGUCGUUCUCCUAUGCUGUUAUCCACUAGUGAAUCUGCCUAUGCCAGGCAAUGCACCAAGAACAGUGAUAAAUCAGACAAUUGGUAUUUCCAAUGGAACCGAGAGUUCAUCACUGUACGUCCAGCAAGUUGUUUUGAGGACGGGAGUUAUCCCAUGGAGCAGCGAUCUCGCAUUAUCCGAUGCCUUUCGAGGCCCUCUCUACGAGGUCUUCAAUCUCCUGGAGAUUAUCCAGAAUUAUCAGGACCCAGAAACAUUGAAAACACUUGGCCAAGUGUGUUUGCACAUCGAGGCUGUGAAAAAACGAAGUGCAAAUUCAAAGAAACCCGAGAUACUUCCUGAAUACAACUGUUUAAUCCUGUCGCCAGCUAAUUUCUGGCAACAGAGCAUCGAGUUAUUCAACCAGGAUAAUGACGUUAUUGGAACGAUAUUCUCCUACCAGAAUCUACAGAAGGGCAAAAUAAGCCUUGCUGAAAUGCUCUUUGGUAUGAAUCUCAAAGAAACUGGUGUUAAACGGUAUCCAGUACGUGUCAGACAGAGAGUACUUCAAUAUGCAGUUACUAUAUUCCUGAAAGAGUACGAUCCUAGAUUCAUCGAGGGUUUAAAAACAAGAUUGACAGCCUACUACUCCCUUCAUCAGUCUCCAAAAGCUGAGUUACGCCCUCAAACAGACGAAACCCUUCACAUUUUCUAUCCGGGUGAAUUUAACUACAAUGACUUCUUUCCUCUUAUGAUGACGUUCUUUGCUCUUUUCAUUUACGUUUAUUUCUCGGUGAGAAAAAUGGAAUUGAUAAAAUCUAAAAUUGGUGUGGCCUUCAGUGCGACAGUAACCGUGAUAUCCUCACUGUCAAUGACAGUAGGAGUCUGUUUCUUCUUCGGUUUGACACUCAGUCUCAGUGGCAAAGAGAUAUUUCCAUAUAUGGUGGUGAUAGUAGGUCUGGAGAAUGUUUUGGUCCUGACGAAGAGUGUCGUGAGCACUCCAACACACCUAGAUGUUAAAAUAAGAGUGGCUCAGGGUCUCUCGAAGGAAGGCUGGUCCAUAACGAAAAAUCUACUGACAGAAGUGACAAUUUUAACAAUUGGACUCUUCACUUUCGUCCCGGCAAUCCAGGAGUUCUGUAUUUUCGCCAUUGUCGGGCUUCUCAAUGACUUCUUCCUGCAAAUGGUCUUCUUCUCGACGAUUCUUGCCAUGGAUAUUCGAAGAAUGGAGCUGUCAAGUGACAACUCACGGUUCCAAUUCACUCAUAUUCCUGCCACGAGGAAACAGCAGUUCACUACUAUAGUCCCUAAUAAAAAGCCCAAUUUCUUCAGGUCCAAGUCACAUCCCAGGCUCAAUGGAAUGACAGGACCCACAAAUAUCAUUGCACCAACUACCCAGAACACUCAGACGCUCGUGAAAAUACCCAAGAGGCUGAGGCUUGUUCACUUCUGGGCGAGAACUAGAAUCUUCCAGCGGGCUUUCAUGGUUUGGAUGGUCGUGUGGAUCUCCAUGAUCAUUUACAAUUCUGGAAUCAUUGAGCAUUUGAUUCAUCUCAGUGACACCCUUAAAGCUGACAGUGACAUCGAGAGCUACACGAUGGAGAGGCCACACACGCUUAAAAGUUACGUCGAAUUCAAGAAACUGAAGCCAAUGAUCGUCACCUCCACGAGUCCUCCUAGUAUUGUUAAUGAACUUCCCAAUCCAAACAACAUAACAGAGGAUUUAAAGAAACUCCGUCCACUAGAUUUUCCCCCGUGGAAUCGUCUCUCUCUUUAUCACUGGUCCUCGAUCCUCACGAUGUACAACAUCUCCACAGCAGGUGAACAAAUAACAGUCCUCCCAGCGAUAAAAAUAUCCCACGCGGUAAAUCCUCAAUUAUCACGACGAAUCAGCAAUCCAAAUGACGUACAGCAUUUUCAAUGGCAGAGCUUGGCAACGGCUGCCCUUGAUCCCCUGGACUUUUCAGAUAUCGAAGUUCCCUCUAGAUCAGAAAGUCGUGGAUUCAAUACAGACGCUCCCUUCGUUCCUUCGAGUCCCAUGGAGAUUUUCCUGGCAGCUCUACUCUGUCUAAUCAGCGUUAUAGUAGUUGCCUACACAAUGGUAGUUCUCUAUCGGUGUAUCUGUACUCGUAAUUACGCAGAGUGGCGAGCAAGCUGGCACCAGCAGGAUAAAACCCAGGACUCAUCCACCCAACUGGUCCUGGAGGCCCUUCCACUAGUGCUGGAGGGUCACUCCCAGGAGGUAGAGUGCAUCGCCACAGAUGGUGACACAAUAGCCAGUACAUGUCUAGCUGGUCACAUAAAAAUAUGGGACGUCACCACUGGGGAUAUGCUGGCACACAUUGAUAGAAAGAAAUUUCUCAAUUCCAGCCAGAGGGACCUCAGUAAUCCCACCCCUGAUGAUGAGUUGAUGUCAGAUUAUGAGAGUGGAUCACCUCCAUCUCGAGGUGAAAUAGAGGGCAACUCCUUUGGGCUCUACUCCUCGCCUGGGGGACGACAAAAGUACUCUCCAGGUGGGAACUUUCCCAAAAACUCUCAAGGAAGAAAGAGACACUCCAUGAACUCUUUAGAUUACGAUUACCAGAUCGAGUGCUCGAGUGACAAAAGGAAAAUGUCGAGAAAUCUCCACUCUUUCGAGUUUCCUGACCUGAGACCCUCAAUUAACACCAAAUUCUCAACGAUGAGGUUCCAACCGAAACAGGAGUGUUAUGAGAAUGGUUUUGACUUCGGUAAUGACUACAAGCAGUUGUUCGAUCAGUUCAGAAGAUCUAACGAUGACGUUCACAAGUGCGUGGGGAGUGAAGUGAUUAAUACCUGUGGAGGGCUUGGUAAAUUUGAAUUAAAUGACAGUGCAACGUCUCUCAGCACUGAUAGAACAGUGCAGACUGUGCAGAACGUUGCACCGAUCUGGUGCAUCGAUUAUCAAGAGAAUAUUCUAGUGGUGGGGUGUGCCAAUGGAGUUCUGGAGUUUUGGGAGGGAAGCACAGGGCGAUUCAAGUGUUUCUUCGAUGAUGGAAGUCGAUUGGGGAUAUCGUCAGUGAAACUCGUGGGUUGUAGGGUUGUUGCGGCUAAGCUCAAUGGGUCCGUGGACUUUUUGGAGCUCGAGAGAUACAGCGAGGGACAUCAAAUUGAUUGGGGAUUUACUUCUGGGAGGAGAACACACGUGAGAACUGGAAGUGCUGGCUCCCCCAUGGACAUUGGGGGAUUUCCUCAAGUCGAGGAGGAUCUCAGGUGCCUCAAAAAGGGCUCUCACAGGGCUCAUCAGCAGGCUAUCACUGUUCUUGAUAGCGAGGGAGGAAGAGUGCUCACUGGAAGCCAGGAUCACACCCUCAAAGUGUUUAGACUAGAAGACCAACAACCACUUUAUACUCUUCAUGGACACUGCGGUCCCAUUUCUUGUCUCUUCAUCGACCGCAUGAGUCCCAUGACAUCUGGUAGUGGUUCCCAGGAUGGACUUCUCUGUGUCUGGGAUUUAUUAACAGGUACGUGUAUGUAUAGCAUACACGCACACGAUGGUGCUGUGGCGGCAAUAACUUGUUCAGCCUCGUACGUGAUAAGCAUUGGUACAGAUGAACGUCUCUGCGUUUGGGAGAGAUUUCAGGGUCAUUUACUUCAUGCCCUACCGGCUCACAGGGCAGCCUAUAGUCUUCAAUUAGUCAUGCUGACACAUCAAUUACUCAUAACUAGCAAUCAGGGUUCUCUGGUCGUUUGGGACGUUCGAACGGGUGAACCCGUGAGAGAAGUACGAUUAGAUCAUAAAGACAGUUGUGUUUACGUUAAACAAAUGAUUGCACUUAGGGACAGCAUUGUUUGCGAUUUUGGACGACAGUUGCGAAUAGUCAGAUUUCCCUUAGUCUCUGAUAAGUUGGACUGAACAAUUUUUAUCAUAUAUUUUAUUAAAAACAAUAUAAGGAACUACUGUAAAUAGAGAAUUUCCUUCGUUUAAUUAGUUGCUUUGACCUUCUGCCUAUCUCAAAUCGUACGCUUCUUCGAUUUCUCCUAUUCAAUAAUUAAUGUUGUUACUGGUUAUCAUUGAGAGUAUGGUCAUGAAUAUUAUUGGUGAAAUUUAGAUAAUUUUAGGCGACCGGCUGUGCAACAUAAUGAUGAUAGUUUUAUCAGUACUAAAGCCAGAUAUGAAUCAUCCAUUUUAUUUCGUAAAUUGAGAAAGACAGAGUUUUUUUUUCUAAUUUGUCGGGUGGUUAUUGAUGAAAAUAUAUUUAUCUAUUGAAUAUUGCCAAUUUAGAGUAAAGUCUUGGAAAAAUUGUGAGAUAUUGGAUGUUUUUAAAUGUAUAUCGAGUGAAUGGGGAUUGUGAGAAACAGAAUCAAAUUUUUUGGGAAUAAUUCAUAAUUUUAUAGCGAUAAGUUCAUAUUGAAUUUUUAGAAAUCGAUGAAAAUACGCCUGGCAUCACUUAAUUUAUAAUUUCGCAUUUUUAAUGUUUGAGAGUGCCUUUAUACGAUCCGUCACCUUGUUUUCGUUACUUCAUCACUUGAAUUCAGUAGUAAUAUACUUCACGAACAAUUGCGUCAGACAAUGCGUCUGGUUUAUUUUUCAUACUUGAUAAUACAUAUAAAUACGAAAAAGACGAACCCGAUUGAAGAUUUUAUAUGAAUUUAAACAGCCCGAAAUAAUAUUUUGAUAAGCAUUAAUUUAAGAAUAUUGCGGGGUUCUAUAAUUAGUCUUAACUCGAUUAUUCAGAUUGAAAAUAAAGUGUACCCGGCAUCAUCAAUAAAAAUAUAUUUUUAAAGGGUGUGGUAGCUGAUAAUCGGUGAGAGUAAAAAAUAGAUUAUCUGAAAAUCCUCGAGAUCGCGGUGACAGAUACAACAAAAAAAUCGUGCUGAUUUUAGACUGAAUAUAGAUUCAAAGCCGAAGAAAUGAUGGGAAAAGAAACAAAUAGAUAAUUGUCAUCGAUCACACUGUGUCUUUGAUACGAGAACAUUUUUUUACUGAGAAAUCAAUGUAUGUCGUAGAAUUAAUAUUUUCAUCGACCAAAGUGAAUGUUAAACGAUCGUACUUGCGAAAUUAUUUAAUUAUUAAUAUUUUUAGGUUUUAAUAUUAUUCAAUUUGUUUGUGACAGCAACUAGAGCCGACCCGCGUGAAUUUUUGUAUUUAUUAAUUUAAUAAUAAAUUUAGAUU